AGGAAACUUACAAAUACAAAGAGUUGGAUGAUGAGCUAGAGGAUGAGUUGAGAGCAGAGAUGUGUGCUCUGGCCUUGGCGGGUAAGGCAGGACCAGAUGGCAUAGAGAUCAAGGUGAUUAACUCUUCAGAUCAUUGCUUUAAUUUUGUUCAAAACUUUAGUUUAAAAUUUUUUUUUUUUAAUUCAUUCUUUACGUUACAAAAUCUUCAGUUUUUAUCAGUGUUUACUUAUUGGUGUGUUUAACAAUUAAAAGUAUUCCACAUUAAUAUAUACAGAAAGCUUUAGCUGUUUCUUGAUCCAAAUUUUUAUUUUUUAAUAUUUUUUUUCAGCAUUAACAUUCAUUAUUUUCUGUUGAAAUAAAGUAUGUGUUAAAUUAAUACAAGCAAAGAUGAUUGUUUAAUAAGCACACAGCUAAACUUUAUAGGAAGAAACUAUUAUGCCAUCAACCAGUUCUGCCUUUAGCUAAUUGUACCAAAGUAGAAAGGAAUGCACAUUGUAUUUUACCCUUAACAGUAAUAUCAUUUUUAGAACUCAUUCUAUUGUUUAUCCCCACCAAUUUAGCAUGUUAAUUACCAAUGUUAUGACUAGAGAUGCAUCAUUAUUAUAACAACACUAGAAAAAUAACUCAAGAUAUCUGUAUUGUCAUAAAAACUAUGUAGAUUAUAAAGCCUCAAAACUUCCUAACAAUAUAACAGUGGAUAAAAUUAAAACGCUAUCAGUUUUGGAAUAGUCACUUAAUAAUCUUAAUCACUUAGCAUAAUAUAAAAUUCCAAGGUGUAACACUAACAAAAAAAAAUUAAUACUGACAAGAGUUGCAUGUUUUCACAGGGUAAAAUAACUUAAAAACCCACAGCCUGUCCAAUUUUUUUUAAUCACAUUAAUGUUAUUUUAUUUUCAAACUUUUUUAACUGAUAGUUAUAAAGUUAUAAAUAUUAUACAAUUAUUUUUUAAAUAAAUAACACUAACUUUACUAUAGAAUAAGAUAUGUUAUAACCCAGAAAAUAUCUUGUAACCUGCUGUUUUGAAAUACAUGUUGAGUUCAUAUAUUUAAAAAAAUAAAAAAAUUUUUUUUCAGAUGUUGAGGUUAGAUCAGUGGUUCCAAUAUUUAGGAUUUGGUUACUAAAAUGAUGCUUAAAAAAAUGUGUAGUUUUAUUAAACAUUAUUCCAAACUAAAGACAUAAACAUCCAAACACACACUUAAAAUAUAAAUAUUAAAAGAAACAAUCUGCUUUACCAAGAUUUUUAACCUAUGAGAGUCUUAUUUUCAUUUCUAUAAGACACAGAAUUGGCCAAAAAAAAAAAAAAAAAAAAAAAAAAAAAAAUUAAAAAAUCAAACUAAAAAAAUAAAAAUCCAAACACACACUUAAAAUAUAAAUAUUAAAAGAAACAAUCUGCUUUACCAAGAUUUUUAACCUAUGAGAGUCUUAUUUUCAUUUCUAUAAGACACAGAAUUGGCCAAAAAAAAAAAAAAAAAGCGUUUAAAAAAAUUUUAAAAAUGUAUUUCUGAUUUAUAAUGAUAUAAAAUAUUCUUUAAUUCCUGCAGGUAGAGUGCACAGGAAAAAAACAUUAAAUGUUAGACCAAUUUUAUAAAUGAUAAUGCAUUCUUAAAAUAGAAAAUGAUUAAUCUCUCCCCUGCUUGAUCCUAUAAUUAAACAGCUGGCUACGUGAUUUGUACCUUUUAGUGAUGCAAACUUCCCAAUAACUUACUCAUAUCAAUUUCCCCCCUGUGAUAAUUUAUGAAUCUUAUUUACCAACUUCUGUAGAAAUUCUUCAUUUCUAUCAUCUAUGCAUUAGUCAUCUUUUAUUUCUCACACUUAACAAUCUAGAAUUUCAUUGCUACACUCAGUAGUAACUAGUAAUGCAAUCUAUUUUCUUAUGUAAUUCAUUUUUUAAUAUUAGUAACCUUCAUAUUUUAACCCGUCAUUAUUUUUUAUACAUUCAUAAUAUGCACAAUAUAUGACUAAAAUCUAAUGUCAUUUUAAUAAAUUCAUUUGGAAUUACGUCAUGCUAUACAGACACUUUAGGAUAAAUAUCAAGUUUGAUUACUGUGAAGCUGCCGAGCACCAAGGUCUCAUUCCAUUAAAGAUCAAAUUUUUUUCCUCUAAAAUAUUUUUAAUGUACUCGCUUCUGAAACAAGUAAUUUAGAGACUUAUUUACUUUUUAAAAAAAAAAAAGUGAUACAAUUUUAAUUUGUUCGACUCUUGCCUACUUUUAAACCGUCAUAAGUAAUUAUUGAGGAUUUUGUUAUGAUAAUUAUUUAUUAAAAUGUUAAACAUUCUAAAAAAAAUCCAAAUAAUUUUCUAUAAGUUAAAUGAUUUUUUUUUAAAUGAAUUAAUAAGAUACAGAUUUAAUCACUCAAGCUUCAUUUUGUUAGUUUAAGUAUGAUUUAUAGUCAAUGUCACUUUCAUUUACCUAUAAAUUAUCCCCAGUGUCAGAAUUUUAAAAAAACCUACUACUUUAAGAACAGUGCUGUAUCAUUAUAGAUCGGUAAAGCUGGCCCCUGCCUAUAGGGUCUAAUCAGUUUUUUUUAAAACUUUCAUCCCUGGUUGUGGGUAUAACAUUUUUUUAUAUUGUCAUUGUUUAGAAGUUAUAAUUUGGAUUCAGAUAUCAAUAAUUAAAUCGGGGAUUAGACAUUUAAGACCUUGAGAUAACAAAUAACUUUUUGUUUGUUUGGUUUAUAGUAUAGAUAAAACCGCAGUUCACUUAAAUGGCAUUUUAUUUUAUAGAUGAUAUCGAUAGUUGUGUGACCACUGAUCUAAACAACAUCUGAAAAUUCUUCUAUUUUACAAAAGGGGCAAGCUUAUCCUUCUCAGAAUGAAAGAUUGUUAUCCCAUGUCUGCAGAGUCAAACAAAGAAAUGACAACUCUUGGUUUGAGAACCAAAUGUAAAUUUUAAAAAUAUAUUUAUGUCAAGUUGUUUCCUUUUGCAGAAAUAGAUUUUUUUACUGAUACAUCUGAUUUUUUUUUUUCAGUUAAUUUUCUUGGUAUUUUAUUUGAACACAUUUGUUCUAGUAGACAUAUCCCAACAGUUCAUAAAAAAUCUGCCCAUGUUAAAACAGGGUAAGAAAGAAUUUUUGUUGGAGAUUGAAAUUCAAAAUUUUUUUUAUAAAAGUUGGAAAGGCAGAUGGUACUUGGACAUGUAAACACUAUGGAUUUUUAGAUUUCAUAAAGAGAAAACUAAAAUAUUUUAUGAAAUUUUUUCAGUGGGAGUUGGAUUCUGCAAUACUUGUUAUUACAUUAGCAAAAAUUAUUUUGACUCUGCAGUGAUGGAUUAUAUCAAAAUAUGCUGGUUAUGAACAUUUUCACUUAGUUAAGUCCAAUUUCUGUCAUUCUGUUUAGUUAAUUCAAUUGUUUUUGUUGGUGUAAUCUCAGAAAAGGCAACUGUGGUUUGUCUAACAAUAGCAACCUUGGUGUCACUUUCAAAAUUGUAUAAGUUUUAAAAGGCUCCUAACAAGCACUUUCGUUGAUGGGUAGUCAAAUGAAGUCAUUUUCAUGACUUAAGAAGUUACGCAAUAAAUUGAACAACCCGUAUAAACAAAUUUUAUCAUAUAAAUAAUUUACAAAAUGGAAUAUCAAGCAAUUGGGGGUGGAGCUGAAAAUUUUACAAAACGUUCAUACAAGUGACAUACUUUAUGAGAAUCCCAAUUAGUGCCCGUGAGAUCAAGUUCAUACAAGUGACAUACUUUAUAAGAAUCCCAAUUAGUGCCCGGCGAGAUCAAGUGAAAAAAAAUUGUUUAUACAUUCUAGUCCCAUAAUAACACAAUGUCAUUAGGCCUACAUUUUAAGAAGAGUUUAAGUUUGUGCUAGUUAUUAAAAUUCAAAAUGAAUAGAGUGUUACUGUACCUUUCACUUUUUUGGAAGGAAUUUAACAAUCCCAAAUUUUAAAUUCUAGGAUAACAUUUCAUUAUGUUUAGAUGAAAUUAUUUUAUUCUCCUUUAAAAUUAAAUAAAAAAAUUAAUGUCCACAAUUUAACAAGCUCUAAAAUCAAGCAAACAAGAAAUAACGCUACAGUUGAUUCGUGGUCUGGGUUUCAUAAAAGUUUAUUCAGGCUGUAUGCUAAAUAGAGCUGCUAAGGCAAGAAUAUGGUGGUGUAUCCUUUGGUCAUGUUAAGUUAAUCAAGUUUAUUAAGAAAAAAUGCUUACACUUCAUUUUCAUGGUUGUCUUGUAAUGUAGAUGUACUUAAAUUCAUGUAAUUCAUAAAUGGUUUUCACAUUUGUACAAGGUAAACAUUAAUUAUAAGUUCACAUUCUUGCAACACUGUUCUAGGAAUCACAUCGGAUGAUGGAUGAUGACUCAAUACUCUUAAGAGAUGCUUUGAUUACCAUUACUAAGGCAAAUGAUGAUCCAGAAGUGAGUGAUUUUCAUUUAACCACUGUCUUUAAGAAAAUUCCUUUUCAUUUUAGCUGGACACAGCAUGCUUUUCAUUUCCAAUGUUUUGAAAUGCUUUCUGCACUAUUGGAAUCAUGAAGAAAAAAACCCAACAGCAUCAGCUCCAGAUUAGUUCUUAUGUAAAAACCAAAAACCAGCCAAACAGAGUUGAUGAUUAACUUGUCAUUGAAGCCUAUAUAAUAAAUAGUCUCUAACUACAUGCAGAAAUUCAGGGUAAAACCCCAUAACUGAUUGAAGUGCUUAGUUUGAACAUUCGGUUAGGCCACAGUUGGAUCCCUGUCACCUACAUUGUAUGUAUGUGUUACCAUUAGGCAUUAUCUUGUAACAGCAACUUCAAGUUUAGGAAAGUAUACUUGGGUCAGUAUACUGUUGUCAGUGUACCUGGGUCAUUGUACUUGAGUUAGUAUACUUGGGUCAGUCUGCAUGGGUUAAUCUACUUGGUUCACUCUACCUGGGUCAGUAUACUUGGUUCAGUCUACCUGGGUCAGUAUACUUGGUUCAGUCUACCUGGGUCAGUAUACUUGGGUCAGUGUACUUGGGUCAGUAGACUUGGUUCAGUCUACCUGGGUCAGUAUACUUGGGUCAGCGUACUUGGGCCAGUAUACUUGGAUCAGUAUACUUGGGUCAGUGUACUUGGGCUAGUAUACUGAGUCAGUCUACUUGGGCCAGUAUCCUUGGGUCAGUCUACUUGGGUCAGUCUCCUUCUCUAAAAAGGAAAUAUCAUGUUGUUAUCACCUUGACUUCAUUAGGUUAACACUUUGCUGUACUAAUAGCUCUGCUGGGGGGCACAUACAGCUAGUAACUUGGCUGAGGGGCACAUACAGCUAGUAACUUUGCUGAGGGGCACAGACAGCUAGUAACUUUACAGAAGGGCUCAUACAGCUAGUAACUUGGCCGAUGGGCACAGACAGCUAGUAACUUUACAGAAGGGCUCAUACAGCUAGUCACUUGGCUGAGGGGCACAGACAGCUAGUAACUUUACAGAAGGGCACAUACAGCUAGUAACUUGGCUGAGGGGCACAUACAGCUAGUAACUUUACAGAAGGGCACAUACAGCUAGUAACUUGGCUGAGGGGCAGAUUUGCUAGUAACUUUACUGAGGGUCAGAUUACAUGUAUAAGUUAAGCUUUCCUUGAACUAAAAUACCCUAUGUGACAUAGGACCCAAUUGCAGCAUUCUUCAUUGGAAUAAAUCUGGUGCCUAAAUCUCAAAGAGAAAAUGUAGGCUACCCACGUCGUAACUAGUGUAAAAGGAAGAUGUGGGAUUUCUAAGAGCUAAAAAUAGGCUACCACAGAGGUAACUAGCAUGAUAGUUUCGAACCAGGAUAAUGGUGCUCUAAGAGGUAGUAUAGUGUAACCCAAGGUGGUAAAUAGCAAAUUGUUUUUGUUUUUUUUGACAGCCCUAAGAGAAGGCGGUAGGCUACCAUAGUGGUAACUACCAUGAUGGUGCUCUAAGAGCUGUUGAGAGUAGGAGUAUUUAGUACACAACCAUAGUGGUAACUACCAUGAUGGUACUCUGAGAGCUGUUAAGAGCAGGAGUAUUUAGUACACAACCAUAGUGGUAACUACCAUGAUGGUGCUCUGAGAGCUGUUGAGAGUAGGAGUAUUUAGUACACAACCACAGUGGUAACUACCAUGAUGGUGCUCUGAGAGCUGUUAAGAGCAGGAGUAUUUAGUACGCAAUGUUGUUUGUCCAUUCCAUCCAAAUCAACAGGGACCAUCUGGUCAUCCUGUUAGGGUUGGGUCACGGUGAGUGCCUAGGUGGCUUGCUAAUCCGAUCCGUUCUCGGAAUAGUCUCUGGCACCGCGGGCAGGGGAUAGUUGCUGUAGUCGGUGGUCUAAGGUUGCUUUUGUUUUUCGGGCUAGCCUGCGUGUCUCAGCUGUCGCUAUCCUUCUGGCUUCAUGAGAUUUAGCCCCACUCUUGACAGCUGAUGGCUCUGUCCUGGGCUGUCUGCACCCAUUCAAUAGGAUUGAUGCUAAAGGCCUUUAGUGCUGCUGUCAAUGUGUCUUUCAGUAUCGCUUUCUUUGACCUUCUUGGGAGCGCUUGCCCAGCGUGAGAAUAGCUGUUUAGGGAGCCGGUUGUCUUCCAACGGAGUUGAAACUGCCAACGGAGUUGAGACUGCAUCAAGGUGGUGAAGAUGCUAGGUAGUUUCGCUCUAGCAAGGACCUCCGUGUCAAGCACUUUGUUUUGCCAUCUGAUGCCGCGGAGUUUCCUGAGGCAGGUUUUGUGAAAGUGGUUUAGUUUCUUGGCGUGACGCUGGUAGAAUUUCCCAGUUAUACAUCCGUAGACCAAUGUCGAGAGGAGUGCUGCGCUACAGACCUUGAUCUUCGUUUCUCGUCUGAUACCUCUCCUGUCCCAAACAGUGCUGCGGAGUCUGCCAAAUGUUGGACUUGCUUUUGCAAGUCUAGCAUUUAUUUCAUCAUCCAUGACAACAAAUCUGGAGAGGGUGCUGCGCAAUAUGUAAAUUUGUCUACCGCAUUUAGAUGCUGUCCGCUGAUGGUGAUGCUGGGUUCAACGUAGGGCUUACUGGAAGCUGGCUGAUACAUCACUUCACUCUUCUUUGUGUUGAUUGUGAGGCCAAAGUUAUUGCAGGCCUCAGAGAAGAUAUCAACGCUGUGUUGCAUGUCGGAUUCUGAGGCAGCAUUGAGGGCACAAUUGUCCGCAAACAGAAGCUCGAUGAUGGUGUUAUGUUUCACCUUGGUUUUGGCUUGAAGCCUCCUUAGGUUGAAGACUGAUCCAUCGGUGCGGAAACGGAUUGGCAAGUCCGUGGUGGAGUCCUUGAACGCACCAGAAAGCAUUGCAGAGUACAUAAUACUGAAGAGUAUGGGAGCCAGGACACAACCCUGCUUCCCACCGUUUGUGACAGAGAAUGCUUGAAAUGACUGACCAUUUUCCUGCGCUCGGGCCAUCAUGCAGCUGACGGAUGAUGUUGGCGAACUUGUCUGGACAUUCAUACUUCUUAAUGAUUUUCCACUGGCUCCCUCUAUUGGCCCUGUCAAAAGCCUUAUUCAUGUCGAUAAAUGUGUUGUACGCAAUUUAGUACGCAACCACAGUGGUAAAUAUCAUUAAUGUCACGGUGAAUGACUCUGGUCAUUAUGGAAUGGGGAUAAUCAAAUAAACUUCAGCAAAGCUCUUAAAAUCUGUACUUUUCUCCAUAACAUAACCAUUUUACCCCCUUAAAUGACUUGAUAUCUUUCUCCUCUGUCUUUGAUCCUAGUGGUGCAUAGGGCAUUAACACAUGCUUCUCAAUAAUCUUUGUUAUAAUUUAUUCUUACCAGGUCAUUCCACUCACUCCCUCUGUCAAGAUUACUUCUCUGUUUGUUCCAUGGUCUCUCUCUCUCUCUCUCUCUCUAUGUAUCUGUCUGUGGGAUCCAUGACAGAGACUUGAGUCAUAUUUGAUUUGAUAAAUUCACAUUAAACAAAAGUGUAUAAGCUGAUAAUAGUAAGUAAAUACUGAGUGGGGUAAACAUAAUUGCAAAUUCUAAAUGGAUUCCUCAGAGCAAGGAAAGUGGUGUUGAAGAUGAUAAUCCAGGAGGACUCCAAGUUAGUACCUUGCCAAGCUUUACUUUCUCAGUCAGACCUCCCAGUGAGGAGCAGUCCAGAUCAGAGGAUGCCACAGGUCGAUUUCUUUUACAACUAAGUCACUAAAAUUGCUAAAACUUUGCAGCUGAAAUAAUUAAAGUAUUAAACCAUCUGAAAAAAAAAGUAAAACAUGUUUAACACUGAACAAAAAUUCAAGGGAUAAAUGAAGCUAUAGUUUCUUUUCCCAAAUAAUUAUGAUAAUUUAAAUCUGAUAAAAUAAUAAAGUACUUUUACAUGUUUUUUUUAAUUUAUCUAAAAAAACUUUGUAGGCGUUCAUUUACAUUAGUUAAGUCGGACCAAUAAAUGAAAUUGGAAGGGUCGGGAAUGUCAUUUCAUUUAUUGUAAAGGAAAUCAAUUGUCAAAUAUUUGAUUCCUGUAUGUUUGCUUCAUUUGUUUGAUUAGGUAUGUCUCCUGUGAAUGCAUCAUUGACACUAGAAAACAUGGGGUCCUCUUGGUCUUCAAUGGAUAGCAAUCGCCUUGCUGUUACACCUAGCAUGACGGGCAGUUCUCCCUCUUCAGAGCGCAGUGUGCGCAUUUCUUCUCCUCCAAUCAGGCGAGCCCACAGCCCUUACCUUCUUAACCUGCAGGGUUCGAGCGGGUCAAUUCAUCGCAGACCACUUGUGAAACAAUACAGCAUGGACGUCGGGUCUGACCCUCAGUUAAAUAAUAUGAACACCAGCAUGCCUGAUGUUUGGGAUAAAUUUAAAGAAGCGCACAAAUCCGUAUGCAAAACUGACAAUGGCAUCUCAAGGUCCCAACCGUCACUGAAGGAUUUGAAAAGUGGAUCUUUGGAUGGAAAGACAGAAGGCUCACUGGACUCUAAAGAUGGCGCGCUUCCCGGUGAACAUCUGGCAGCCAGGGACAGGAUAAAGCAUAAACUUCUUAGAAGCAGAAGUAGUGGCGCAAAAUACAGCAGAUUUAGAGACAAGUACAAACAAAGCAAUCUCAAUAAAGCAGUGCACCUCAAUAACUCCGAGACAAAUGUGUCAAAAGAGAGGAUGAAGAGGUCCAACCAAACUGGUAGCAAUGAGACGGGAUCAGACAUUGAUGAGUCUCUUUGCAGUGAUUGGGGCAGUGAGGAAGCGGCCUGUGACCUGGAGGUCAAAAUGAUAACAGGUGGGACGGAAGAUGAAGAAGACGACAUCCACCCGACACUGUCGCCUUAUAUUUGUGAAGACGGAGACGGUGGACAUUUAGCAGCUUGUAGGACGGCAGUGGAUUCAGCAGGCUCCAGCGGCUUGUCAACUCCGAGGGGGGAAAGCACGCCAAGGGCAAUGAAACCAUCCUACCCCAAAUGUAAAAGUCCCAUGCCUCCUCCCCUUCAGAGCUCAAGAAACAAUCCCGGUAUAGACAAUACCAGUUUUGAACUCGGUGAAGAUGUUCGCCUGCCGCCAUGUUGCAAGGCGAGAGAAACGGCAGCCGUGAGACGAAGCAACUCUUUCAGUUCUUCUAAACUGAUUCCAAAAGCAUUCAGCCCGCCAAGGACGAUAUCCCCCCGGUCUGACAGAUCCCUCAGCCCUUAUACUUUCAGGGAGCACACGACAUCAGUGUCUCCACUGGCACUUCCACCUUCUCCUCUAGCAUUAGAAGACAGUGCCUAUAAGUUAAGAUGCUCUGAUGGGGGGAUGAGAGAGAUGGCGGUCAGUCCCUUACCAUUUUCACAUUCUCACAUGCUCACUGUCCCGUCUCCUCAUUCACUUUACUCCAACCCACACAUGCGCUCUCCUUCUCCAACCCCACCUAAACAUGUUCAUCUUGUUCCCCCAUCCUCGGACUGUCCCUUCAGCAGCAGACGGCAACCAAAAGGUUCCCCCGCUCCAAUACGCAGGCAACAGACGCUCUCACGCUCCUCUGCAUUUGAUCAAGAUAAUUCUCCUGCAGUAAAUUCUCCACUGCGUCACCGCAUUCCUCAUACACUUUCCAUGGACAGCGCCUUCUUGAUACCACCCGGGAUAUCACAGUCCUACUCUAUAAAUGAGCCUUACAUGGAGCUCCACGCAGGCUGCAGGGCAAGUUCUCCACUGCCGUCCCCUAGGAACUCACAACAGACUCUACCAGGCAUGUUUACAAGAUCAGCAUCUCCACAAGCCCACCACAUUCAGUCUCCAUCUCACCAACCCCAACAGCCUUCCCAGUUGUGCCAUCAUUACCAGUCCCCAUUAUCUGACACUGUUCCCUCUAUCUCUGCCACAGUCUCCAUUGUCCAGACCUCACCUGAGGCUGCCUCAACUUGCCUAUCGAUACCUGUCCCAGCACCGAAUGCCAAAGAUGUCACUGCUUUAACUGGAGAAGAGCUUGAGCCACUCGCUUGUUCCAGCCCGAUUCAAGACAGCGAUGGUAAGGAACUGCUUCCCCUAACAGACGAUAACACUAAUCAGGACAGCAACAGUCGAGCUCAGCCCCCUGCAGAUCCAGAUGACAAGUUAUGAGGAUUCUUUUUGACUUAGUUAACACAUUUGUUUAGUUGUCUCAUGUUGGGCUUCAAUCUUGACAUAUGCAGAUUUGAUCUAUAGUAUUUAUUGUUAUUUAGGAUGUUUUCAUUGUACCUUUUUUACAAUUUUUCGGUAGUUAAUAAAAAAAAAAAAAAGAAAUUUAUGUACAUAAUUAUGUGAAACAUUAUACCUAGACAAUUAUCAGCAAUUAACCAGAAUUUGCAAGGAAUAAAUAAUACAUUUAGUUUUCAGAAUAAUAUAAUUUCCUUUUCCCUGUUGGCACGGGAACUUGAACUGUAGAAUAUAGUAACCACCAAUCGGUGUGAGACAUCAAGUGCAGACUGUUGUUUUCAUCUUCAAGUUGUGAUCCCAUUCUUUUUAUAGUUACAUCACAGAUUUUAAUUUUUAAAAAUAGGAGAAAUUAAAAACUAGCAACCAUAAUGAUAUUAUCUUUCAACAAAAUUUCUGUUUAAGAUCGUUAAAUACAACAGUUCAUUUUUGGGGGGUCAGAUUCUAUGAAAACAUAAAUUUGUGCAACUUCAUCAAGCAAAACCAUGGAGUGAAUUUAGAAAAUAAAAGUGUUCAUUGUUAAUUUGUAUCCUGCCAUUAAGUACAUGAUCACAUAUUGAUUCAAAUGUGCGAUGUCAUUCUUUGUAUUUAUGGAUUUGUUAUUGCU